AUGAGUCUCCUUCCCCCAGAAUGUCCAGCGGCGGCUUCUCAGCGGAAGAAACGGCUGGACUUCGACGGUGUGUCCGAAGGUGACGGCCCGCAAACCAAGCGCCCGCGUCUGGGUCCGCUCCCAGGGCCGACCCCUUGCCUCCAGCCUCUGGCUCACUCCCUGCCUGCCAAAGAACAGGACUUCGGGGUCUCCCAGAUCGGCCCCUACCUUCUUCUGGAGGCCACCGAGGGGGGGCGCUGCUACAGAGCUGUGCACAGACACACGGAGGCAGAGUAUACCUGCAAGGUUUAUCCGGCCAAGAGCUACCCGGAGGUGAUGGUACCCUACGGGGCCCUCCCAGCGCACCCAAACGUUGCCCGUGUGGAGGAGGUGAUCCUCGGGGACCAGGACGUUUACAUCUUCUUCCAGCCCAGCCGAGGGGACAUGCACAACUACGUCCGGGCUUGCAAGCGCCUGGCGGAGCGCGAGGCCGCCCCUCUCUUCCGACAGAUGGCAGAGGCGGUCGCCCACUGUCACCAGCACGGCAUUGUCCUGAGGGACCUCAAGCUGAGGAAGUUUGUCUUCGCUGACAGAGACAGGUCCAGAUUGAUGCUGGAGAACUUGGAGGACGCAUGCCUGUUGCCCGGUCCGGACGAUUCCCUGGAGGACAAACACGGCUGCCCGGCCUACGUGGGCCCGGAGAUCCUCAGCUCCAAGAGCUCCUAUUCCGGGAAAGCAGCCGACAUCUGGAGCCUGGGGGUGGUGCUGUACACCCUGCUGGUGGGCUGUUACCCCUUCCAGGACACAAAGCCCGCCUCGCUCUUCAGCAAGAUCCGCCGAGGACGCUUCGUGGUCCCCGAGGGCCUGUCUCCCAAGGCUCGCUGCCUCAUCCGCUGCCUCUUGCGGAAGGACCCGGCCGAGAGGUUGACGGCCAGCGGCAUAUUGUUGCACCCAUGGCUGGCGGGGGGCGUCUCUGAGGGGUCCUGGAGCAGCUCGUUCGGAGACCAGGGGCUCGAGCAGGUGGUGCCGGAAGGGAGGAGCGUGCCGGACGUCAGAGAGGAGCGGGAAGACGAGGAAGGCCUGUACAGCUGA